UCGUUUGUACAGUGUACACUACUAUACCAAAUACAUUUGCUAUUUUGCAAAAGCAAAGUAUUGACAUCGUAUAAAACAUCAACUUCUUUUACUUUAUUAUCUUAAAAUUUCAUACAAUCCAAUCGUAAAAUCAUUAAAUCUACAGAUUGAAUAAUAUUCAAAAGGCAGCAAUAUUACGUUGUUUGUCAUUAUUUGUAUAAUUUUGACUUAUUGAACAGUUUUAUCAACACGUGGUAUGAACUGAUUGCGAAAAAACACUUUUGGAAAAUUGCAACUAGUACAAUAAGGGAUACAAAUUACUAAAAAUGGAAGAUGUUAGAGAAGCUAUCGGCAUUGAAAAGGUGGACAUGAGUGGAAAAUUAAUUUUUGUUGAAGAACAUCAUAAAGCAGAUGCCAAUUUUAUCUAUCAUACACUUACCUCUCACUGCAUGGAAAAGAAUAAUAUUAUAUGCUUUGUGCUGUUUCACAACACUUUUGGACAUUUUCAUAAUGUUGGAAUGAAGCUUGAUUACAAUCUCAAAAAAGUUCAAGAUAAAAAUGUUAAAGUUAUCGAACCAUUGCGACUUGUAACUAGAAAUAUGGAAAUGAGUACAAGCAAUUUAGUCAAAGAGUUGGCUGGAAUUAUCCAAAUCAAGUGCAUUUCUACGGAGAAAGAGUCAGUUGAUCAAAAAGUAUAUGUGAUUAUUGAUGAUUUGAGUCAUUUAUUUGAUAUUGGAUUAAGCAUGGAAGAUGUAUGGCUUUUCACAAGAUAUUUAAGAUCAUUUGUUAAACAAGAACCUUUUUUCACAGUCUGUAUAGGUAGCCAUAUUUAUAAGUCUUUAGGCCAUCAAUGCUUGCCAAAUUUAGCAGCAGUAGUACUUAAACAUUUUGCCGAUUUAAUUAUAAGUGUUCAACCUUUGGAAACUGGGUUCUCUAAAAGUGCAUCUGGUAAAGUGAUAGUUUACUGGAAAGCUUCCAAUGAAAGACAUAAAUUUAAGUGGCCCAAAGAAACAAUGUAUCUGUAUAAAUUACUUGAUCGACAAGUAAAGUUGUUUGAACCUGGAAGCUCUUGCAUUAUGUAAAUAACUUUUAAAUUUUGCACAACACAAAGACUGUAUAUGAAUUAUAAUGAUCAUAAAUGAUCUGAAUAAAAAAUUACAU